AUGGCGUCUUCAUCAUCGUCCUCGCCGCUGCUAUACGCCUGCAUCGCCCACAACACCACCGUCCUCGCCGAACACACAGCCUCCGCCUCCUCCAACGCAUCGUCGCUCGUCUCGCUCGUCCUCCCGCGCAUCGCGCACGACAAAUCCGCCCACAAGACAAUCGACCAGUCCAAAUUCUUCAUCCACUGCCUCGUCAAGUCGCCCUCUGAUUUCCCCGCCUCCCACGCCACCGCCGGCGGCCUAACCUUCCUCGUCAUCGCGGAGCGCGAGCUCGGCCAGCGCAUCCCGUUCGGCUUCCUCGCCACGCUCGAGAAGCGCUUCUUUGCAGAGUUCGAGCCCGAGAGUACAAACUUUCAUGACUUGCCGCCGUAUGGCUGCGCAAGUUUUAAUGGCGCGCUCAAGAGGUUGAUGCUCGAGCAGGGGAGUACGCAGGCCGGGCAGCAGGAUGCGCUUAGGACGGCGCAGCGCGAGAUUGAGGGUGUGAGGGAGAUUAUGACUGAGAACAUUGAGCGCGUACUUGAGAGGGGUGAGCAUAUGAGUGUGCUGGUGGACAAGACGGGGAGACUUGGUGAGAAUGCGAGGGACUUUAGGGUCAGGAGUCGCACAUUGAAGAGGAGGAUGUGGUGGAAGAACGUCAAGCUCAUGGUGCUUUUGAUCCUUGUCGUCAUCUUUUUGCUCUAUUUGUUUGUUGGCUUUGGAUGCGGAUUGCCUGGAUGGAGCCGAUGCCUCGGUCACUAA